UUUGAUUUUACAAGAGAAGCAACGCAAGAAAAUGGAAAGGCAAGCUCAGAAUAUCAGCUACAAUGCUGGCCAAAUGACUGGUCAAGCUCAGGCGAACAGGGAUCAAGUAGCGAACCAAGCUUCCAACACCCAAAACUCUGGGCAGGACACUAACUUUCUUCAACAGACUGGGGAACAAGUUAAGAACAUGGCACAAGGAGCUGCAACAAUAGCACAAGGAGCGGUACAGGGAGCGACAAAUGUGGCACAAGGUGCAGCAGCAGGAGCUGCAAACAUUGCACAAGGGGCAUCUCAUGCAGUGAAGAACACUCUGGGAGUAAACACAGACACCACCAACACUAAUCGCCCAACCAACCCAACCCUCAAUUCUGACUGCCCAAACAACCCAACUACUAGGAUUUGAACAACUUUUAUUUGCUUAAUUGUGCCAUCUAUCUUUUUGGGCUGGCCUUCCCGUGUCAUUGUGACUUGCUU